GCCUGUAGAGGUACAAUUGUUAAGUUGCGACGCGAUGUAGUUGCAGGGCAUGGAGACGGGUGCGGGGCAGGGCGUGGGCGGCGCGGGCGGCGCAGUCGGCGCGGCAGGCGCGGGCGAGUCGGCCCUUGGGGACGGCGCGGCGGAGGCGGCGGACACACGCCCUGUUGCCAACCACCUCGUUAUCCUCUUACAGAUGAGACGGCGUUAAAAUGCAUAGUGAGACAAUAUGCCGUUAACUAUGACAGAAUUUUCAGGUUUCCUCGGCGCGCCGGUGUACGACCUGAAGCAGGUCGGAGACGUGUACACAGGGCCGGGCGCCAAGGGCUCCACUCUGCCGGCGAUCCUGGGCGGCUCCCUGCCGCGGCUCGGCUCGGAGCAGGCGGACGCGGUGGCGCGCGCCAAGAAGUACGCCAUGGAGCAGAGCAUCAAGAUGGUGCUCAUGAAGCAGACGCUGGCGCAUCAGCAGCAGCAGAUGGCCUCGCAGCGCACGCAGGUGCAGCGCCAGCAAGCGCUCGCGCUCAUGUGCAGGCGAGUCCUCUCCUUCACCUCGAAGUCACUUGUCUUUCUCUAUGCUUCUAAAUGCAAAGCGAGAACACUCCGCACCCGCGACGUCGCGCAAGCGAAACGUUUUCGUUUGUGCGAUUCCGAUUCAUGUCGCUGCAUCUUCUGAGAUAAAUAGCCGUAACAGUUAUAUUCUAAAUGAGCAUUGACCGUUAAAAUCCGUCCUGCAAUUUGCCGAGUCGAGGGACGUAACUGACGCUUUCACAUACUAUAUGGAUAUAGAUCAUAGAUUAUUUCAUAAACACCAUAGCAACCUUUUAGCAUGACCAUACCCAUAUAUAUCAUCAACAUCAACCCAUAUGAUGAGAGCGAUACCUGGAGAUUCCCCGUCAAGGGUCGAGUCGAUGAGUCAGACAGCUGAAAAGAUCUG